GCCCGAGGUAGCGGAGCCGGAGCGGAGGCGCGAGGGCGAGGGCCGGCCGGACCCGCCCGCACCCAUGGCGCUCGCCGCCCUCUGGGCCGCACUGGCCCUCGGACUGCAGCUCUGGGCCAGCGGGCGCGCCGUGCCCGCCCAGGCUGUGUUUCUCCCCUACGUGCCGGAGCCUGGAAGCCUGUGCCGGCUGCAAGAAUACUACGACACAAGGGUCCAGAUGUGCUGCAGCAAGUGUCCACCUGGCCACCGCGUGCAAUCCUUAUGCAACAAGACCACAGACACGGUGUGUGAACCCUGCGAGAAGAGCACAUACACCCAGCUCUGGAACUUGGUUCCCGCGUGCUUUAGUUGUAACUCCCGCUGCAGCUCCGACCAGACAGAAACUCAAGCCUGCACUCCAAAACAGAACCGCAUCUGCACCUGCAAACCGGGCUGGUACUGCACACUGGGGAGGCAGGAGGGGUGCCGGCUGUGCGUGCCGCUGCGCAAAUGUGGCCCUGGCUUCGGCGUGGCCAAACCGGGAACGGCAACAUCAGAUGUCCUGUGCGCUCCCUGUGCCCCGGGGACAUUCUCCAACACCACAUCGUCCACAGAUACUUGCAGGCCCCACCAGAUCUGUAGCUCGGGAGUCAUCCCUGGCACCGCAAGGAUGGAUGCUGUCUGCACGUCUGUGCUCCCUACCCAGAAAGUGGUCCCCGGCCCAGCCCCCACGAGAUCCCAACACGCGGAGCCAACUCCAGGGCCCAGCACAGCCCCAAGUACCUCCCUCCCACUCCUGAUGGUCCCAAGUCAUCCAAGUUCCCCAGUUGAAGGGCAGAACGCCGGGAACAUCUCUCUUCCAAUUGGACUGAUUGUGGGUGUGACAGCCUUGGGUGUGCUAAUAUUAGUCGUCGUGAACUGUGUCAUCAUGACCCAGAAGAAAAAGAAGCCCUUCUGCCUGCAAGGAGACGCCAAGGUGCCGCACCUGUCCGCCGACAAGGCCCGAGAUGCCCCAGGCCCCGAGCAGCAGCACCUGCUGACCACGGCGCCAAGCUCCAGCAGCAGCUCCCUGGAGAGCUCGGCCAGCGCCACAGACCGGAGGGCGCCCACCAGGUCCCAGCUGCAGGCGCCGGGUGCAGAGACGGCCGGCGGGGCUGGGGAGGCCCAGGCUGGCUCCGGCGGUUCAGCAGAGCCAUCUUCUGGCGGCCACGGAACCCAGGUCAAUGUCACCUGCAUUGUCAACGUUUGCAGCAGCUCGGACCAUGGCUUUCAAUGCCCUUCCCAGGCCAGUUCCACAACAGGAGACACAGACACCAGCCCCUCGGGCUCCCCGAAAGAUGAGCAGGUCCCCUUCUCCAAGGAGGAAUGCCCUCUUCAGUCCCAGCUGGGAGUUCCAGAGACUCUGCUGCAGAGCCCAGAGGAGAAGCCCCUGCCCCUCGGCGUGCCUGAUGCCGGGAUGAAGUCCAGUUAACCAGGCUGGUGUGGGCUGUCUCACAGCCGAUCUGGGCUGAUCCCUGGUCCUUCUAGGCCCCUCACCUCCAGGACUCUGGCUCUUUCUGGGCCGAAUUCCUUUUGUGAUUUCCACAGCCUCAGCCUUCCUGUCACCUGCAGGCAGAAGAAUGAGGCUGGGAGAGUCAUGUGUGUCUUGUCCUGACGUGCGUCUUUCUUGGAAGGCUGGUGGACACAGAUGUGCCGGGCAGCCCGGGGCAAGCCCCUGCCUCUCUGAGAGCUGCCCCAUCGCCGGCCCUGUCGGCUUGGCUUCUGGAGCCCUUGUUUUUUUGUUUUUGGGUUUUUUUUUUGUUUUUGGUUUUUUUUUGUUUGUUUGUUUAUUUCAACCCUUGGGCUCUACCUGGCUCUGGCUUCCUGCUGGGGAGUGGGGAUGCUGUGUGCAUCAUUCGUGGAGAAGGGGCGGGGCUUUAGCCUGAAUGCGAGGCUGCAGGACGGUGGGGGGGGAGCGGUGUGUCAUCAAUCAGAUGGUUCUGUGCAGAGAGGGGGUAGCAACCCCUGCAGGAGAUGGGAGUCCCUCAGUUUUGCUCAGGACCCUUUGGAAACACCACCUCCAGAUCCACUCCUGCUGCCUCCAUCUCUUAUACCAUGAGGUGAAAACCAGAUGCCCAGAGGGCCUGGGCAGACAGCCUGAAUGAGUGCUGUGGCCUGGUUAAGAUGGCAAACCUCUAACCAGAAACCUUCCAGUUUUAACGUGUGGCAAUUAAAAAAAUAAAGUAAGCAUCAUGCAGACAAACAAGCCAACAAAGUAACAAAGCCAAACUUUCAGAGUUUGCAUCCUCUGCCUUUGACCUUCACUGUGAUUUACCCACAGCUGCAGCCUACCCUCCCCCCACCACUGUCUGGUGUGGGGCUCCAAGGCCACGCCUUUUCCUAUCAGGGAGUUGCCGGAACUGGAGAUGACUGAGGCCCUGCAGCCGUCUCCUCCUACCUCAGCCUGGACCUUCCUCCUUUGCCUCCCGAGGGGAUGCUCCUGUUUCUCCAGCCCCACUGUUCCUGGAGUCCCAGGUCCCGGUGGAGCCUCGGAACCACUGUAGCACUGUGCCUGCCGAGAUCCUGAAUGGACAGGAGGUGGUGAGAGCCCGUCUUGGGUCUGCGUGUCUGUGUCGCGUGUUGUGGUUCUGUGUGGCCCGUGGUGUUCAGGCCUGCCGGAAGCAGCUGAAGCCAACAUGUUUGCCGAGAGAGUCUUCCCAAUUAAGGAGUCAGCCCGCUCCCCAUGAUCACAUGCCCAGGCCAUCCCUGCAGAUGGUGGACAAAUGUGGCCUUAACUGGAUUCUAGAAGGAAGGUGGAUGGGGGCCUCCUUGAGAAGACAGUUGGGUCCCAGAUGCUUGGAUCCCUUAUUGAAAAGUUCCACUGGACUUGAACUUGGCGGCUGAACUUUUGGAGGGUAGGAGAAGUCCAGCCAUUAUCAUGAAGUGAAGAAAGGUUUCCCACCCUGGAAUCCAGAUGUCUCGCUGCCUGGACUGGCCAGGGUCUCCGGCCACAUUGGACCCUUUAUGGCUGUGGAGCACUUCUGCCCCCUGGUGGAGGACCUCAGAUCAGCCUCCCUGCCAUCACCCCAGCAGAGCAGGGAUGAAUUGGAAGGAGACCCUUUUGGGGUGUGGCCUUAUUUUGUAACCAGAGUUGCCACCAGACUCUUGCUCAAAAUCCACCAACCCCUCCUUGGAACAGGACCUAACAUAUAUCUUUAAGUCACAGGGUCUGGACACAAAGAAAGGAAGCAAUAGGAAGAGAAAAACAAAAACUGGAUGGAACCCGCUGAAACCAACAUGGCGAUGAAUCUGACCUCCAACAGACUGAGUCUCAUUCUACGCAGAUUUUACUACAUUAGCUACUAAAUGACAUACUUAUUGGUGGCCGUGACUGGAAAUCACUGACCAUAAAAGGACAGAAAAAGAGUGACACCCCCUUUCCAGGAAAGCCCUGGAUCUUUCCCAGAAAACUAACGCAAAUGCCUCCCCAUCAUUAGUCUCACUCCUCCCCCAUCAUCCUUACUCCUUAAAAGUAAGUCCCUCUUAACAUUAAGGCCAGAAGUUGAUCUAUGAAUUAAGUCCCAUGUGUCCAUACUCUGGUCAUUGAAUUAAGCUUGCACUGCUUUGAUCUCAGCUUCGGUUUUGUUUUCGGUUGCGUGAACCUGAGUGGGAAAAAGAACCUUCUCCGCCAAGGACCCAAGUCAGGGUUCAUACAGCCUAAUUCAGUAACAGUUUCCCAGUCUGUGGGCUUGUGUUGGUCCCAAGACAAGAAGAGUUUGCACUGUAUGUAUCCCAGACAGCAUUCCUGCUUAUAAAUAAACACUUUGUUUUUUCACACACUGA